UUUAAAUACUAAUCAAGAUACAAGUGAUAAAGAGAAAACAAGUGGUAGUGAAACAGAUAUUUCAAGUAAUACUGAUGAUAGUGAGGAUAGAGAAGCCAUAAAUGUUCAUAAUGUUAAUAAUGUCUAA